GCGGGAAGUGAGUCGGCAGCGGCGGCUCGCGGGGGUCCGGGCGGCUCGGGGGCGGCGGGCGGCGGCGAUGUCGAAGAACACGGUGUCGUCGGCGCGGUUCCGGAAGGUGGACGUGGAUGAGUACGACGAGAACAAGUUCGUGGACGAGGAGGACGGCGGCGACGGCCAGGCGGGGCCGGACGAGGGCGAGGUGGACUCGUGCCUGCGGCAAGGGAACAUGACCGCCGCCCUGCAGGCGGCGCUGAAGAACCCUCCCAUCAACACCAGGAGCCAGGCUGUGAAGGACCGGGCAGGCAGCAUCGUGCUGAAGGUGCUCAUCUCCUUCAAGGCCGGCGACAUAGAAAAGGCCGUGCAGUCCCUGGACAGGAACGGCGUGGACCUGCUCAUGAAGUACAUCUACAAGGGCUUCGAGAGCCCCUCCGACAACAGCAGCGCCGUGCUCCUGCAGUGGCACGAGAAGGCGCUGGCCGCAGGAGGAGUGGGCUCCAUCGUCCGUGUCCUGACUGCAAGGAAAACCGUGUAGCCCGGCGGGAACGGGUGCCUGCCGGGGAGCAGGAGCUGCCGGUACAAAGACCAAAACCCCCAGACGCCGCCGCUGCCCUGUGGGCGGCGUCUGUUCCCAGCUUAGCUUUCUCCCUUUCCCGUGUCUGUCAGGAUUACGUAAGGUUUCCCUUCGUGAGAAUCGGAGUGACGCAGUGGGUCCUGCUCACACGCGUGCCGUGUGCCCGGCUGUGUAAGACCCCUGCCUUCAGGUGUCCCUGAGCGACUGUAGCGUGUCGUCGGCUGGGUUUGGUUUUGUCGUGCAGGGAUCUGGUCAGAAUUGGAGGCCAGUUUCCUAACUCAUUGCUGGUCAGGAAAUGAUCUUCAUUUUUUAAAAACAACAGACUGGCAGCUAUUAACAUUGCAAAACUGGACCCUACUUCCCUUAUUUAAGCAAAGUGGGUUUCUGGAACCAGUGGGGGGGCACCCCCCCCCGGGCCGCCGCCCUCCGAGCCCUGGCCGCUCAGCGCCCGUCCUGCUCAGGGAAGCCUCCCUGUAGAGCAGCAGAGCCCGCUGGGCCGGAGCGCCGCGUCCUGCUCCCAGGAGACAGCGUGCGCGGUCAGGAGCCGUCCUGAGGUCCACACCGGCACUCCCCGUGCCUCUCAGCCCGUAGUGGCCCCAGUGUCCUUCCCGGUGAUGGGGCCUCGGAAGACUGGAGCAGAUGCACACAAAUGCACGCUCUUGUAGCUCGGUGUUUCUAGAAGGGACGUGCCACACAGCGAAACAGCUUGUCGGGCAGACCGAGCUGGUUCUCAGAACACGCCCGGUGCGUGUACGAAGUUGUUAGCUCCAGAACAACCCCGGGAGUAGACAGCCGAGCGGAAGUCGCCAGGCGGGAAUUCUACAAACUCUUGCUGUUUUUGAUACCUGCUUUUUGUUUUGUUUUGUAAAAAUGAUAAACUUGAGAAAAUAAAACAUCAGUGUUGAAUAGUU